AUGUUUGAGCCCAACGUAGCCGCAGAUGGGAAUGACGUUGACACACCGCCCGAGACACUGAAUGUAGUGCUGGAGAAAUUCAGGGACCGGUGUGUUCCACAGGUCAACCAAACGUUCGAGAAGUACAACUUCUUUCGCAGAAAUCAGGAUAUCGGGGAAUCUAUGAACGCUUACAUAACAGCAGUCAUGAAAUUGUCAAACACGUACAGUUUUGGCGGUCUCAAGGAUGAUCACGUUGCGCGAUCUGCUUGUUCAUGGAAUUCGCGACGACGCAACCAGACAGAAGCUGCCGGUAGCCAGGUUACUAGUCAGCAGGCUCAAGAAAUAGCAUGUGAAGAGACCUCCACCCACGCAGUCAGGCAAGCACGUCGCAGUGGAAGAACGGCCCACAGCAGAGAAGAACACCACAAGCAGAAGUCAAAGGCAGAGAAAGGAGCACCUAGAUCAUAUGACAGUUACAGGCAGAAGUCUAAAGGCAAACCGACAGAAUGCAGGUAUUGUGGACCGAACCACACACCAGGAAAGAAGAGCUGUCCUGCAGCAGACCAGGAGUGUCACAAAUGCCACAAGAGAGGGCACUAUGCUAGAGUGUGCCACACACCCCCAAAGGGUGCAUAA